UCAUAACUUCUCCCAUAGGUGUUUUUAUGCUUUGUCCGAGCAUUUAAAAAAAAAACUAUAAUCUCUUUUAGACAUAUCGAGAUCUCCUGCAACCACUAACUCUCAUUUGAGUAACGUGACUCACUCAAAGCCAUCUUCUUCUAUAAAUAGAACGAGAGAAACCCAUUUUAAACUCCAAACCAAAUAGAUUCUUCUUCUUCUUUCUCUAACUUAGAAAGACAAUGAAGGGUUCUUGUGCAAAACCAGUGUUGUUCACUUGUGCAAUCUUUCUUAUUCUCAUUGUUGCUCAAGAAAAUAGAGUCGCUGCAUUAGAGCCAUGUGAUCCUAUGAAGUUGAGCCCAUGCUUGGACACCAUAACGAAAGGGUCUGAGCCAUCGGAACUGUGUUGCACAAAGGUGAAGGAGCAACAGCACUGUGUCUGCCAGUACUUGAAGAACCCUAACUUCAAAUCUUUCCUUAACUCACCAAACGCCAAAAAGAUCGCCACUGAUUGUCAUUGUCCGUAUCCCAAAUGCUAGUCUCAGUAUUUCUUUCUCAUUUUUCGAAGUUCUGUUUCUUGCUUUCAAGAUCCAGGAAAGCGCAUCAUUGAUGGUUUUUCUACUACAAGUUUCUUACUCUUGAGUUUUUGGCUUUAAUUAAUAAUGUGUUUAUCAUCAAUGAUUAAACUUACCAUGUUCGAGAUAAUCCCACGAGUGAAAUCUUGCUUCUUCUAUAUGUAUGAUUAUGUUUUUAAGAAAUUUCGAAUAACUCCACUAUCGUAAGCUAGUGAAAGGUUCCGAUUUCAAUGAUAACAUUACAAAAUUAGUCCCUAAAAUUGGAUGCAUUUUUGUCAAAUUGAACCCUGAUUAAAAUUUUGUUUAGAGACUUGGAUUAUAUUAGAACCGGCGAUUUUAAGCUAACCGACCGAUUUUAUACGAACCAGUUAAUAUACUAUGAACCGGCCAAAGGUUUAUUUUCUUAAAAAAAAACAACCCUAGAUUUAUAUUUGUUUGCCCAUUAUCGCCUUGUCUUCGUCUUCUUCGAUCACGAGAUCGAGAAUCGCAGAAUCUCUCAAGCUCUGAGAUCUCAUUCUUCUCUCCCAGACUCGACGCGGUUCUUCGUCUCCGUCGAUUAAUCGGUUCGUUCGUUCCCUUAAAACAUUUUUCCGAUCCAAUGCAUCUCUUGAUCCCUCGGCAAGUCUCCGAUUCACACUUUAGGGGUUUCCACUCUACGCACAUCCAUAGAGAUCUGUACAA